UAUGUACACAGCGACUGCGUCUCCAGAUAUGAAAUGCAGAGCCUACGUUGUCUUUUUCCUUCUAGGUAUUAUGAAAUUGUCGGAAUGCAGGAGGAGCCACGUCGUAAAAAGGAGUUACACUGCAGCGUUGCCAGCAUUGUUCUUGCCACCGCAGGGAAUGGAAACCGAUUGGUCUGGAAAGAUAGAUUGUAGUAAAUCGUGCCCAAACCCGUACAUGUUCAGGGAAUCUUGCUCAUUCCAUUACGAUGACCCUGCGGCUCAGACUAUCCAAAGUCUCUUCUCGUCACUCGUUGUAGCAGACUGUGACCUGGCGGACCCCUGCGACUACCCCGCCCACUACGACCCUAGAGAUGGAGAAGAGUUCGACUUUAUCGUGGUGGGUGCAGGGACUGCCGGCUGUGUGGUAGCAAACCGUCUGGCAGAGGUGGAUGGCUGGAAGGUUUUGCUCAUUGAGGCUGGGGGAGACCCGACCAAAACAUCGGAAGUGCCAGCACUGUUCCCGUCACUGCAGAGGACUGACAUCGACUGGCAGUACAGGACAGAGCCCAGUAACUCUCACUGUCUCGGCAUGGAACACAACCAGUGCAGGUGGCCGAGAGGCAAAGUUCUGGGAGGCUCUAGCACGAUAAAUUACUUCGUUUACAUCAGAGGAAAUCCACUGGACUACGACAAUUGGGCAGCGAUGGGAUGUGAAGGGUGGAGCUACGCCGAUGUUCUUCCUUACUUCAAGAAAUUUGAAAACAUGACAUCUAAAGAAGUUUUGGCAUUACCAGAUUCUUAUAAGUAUCACAGCACCAAAGGGUUAUUGACAAUAGAGGACUUUCAAAACUACGAAGUAAGACCUUUGAUUAAUGAUUUUGCAAAAGGAAUGAAUGAACUGGGCAUCACUCCUAAUAUAGAUGUUAACGGUAGAGGACAAACAGGAUGCACUCCAAAGCAAGGCUUUUUGAAGAACGGAAGACGUAAUAGCGAAGCUAAAGCAUAUUUAUCACCAUUAAAACAAAGAUCUAAUCUUAAAGUAUCAAAAUAUUCUUUGGCAACACAAGUAUUAAUUGAUGAAAACACAAAUGUGGCUUAUGGAAUAGAAUUUAUUGACAGACAUAACAGAGUCAUUACAGUUAGAUCAAAGAAAGAAGUGAUUUUGUCAGCCGGUGCAAUAAACACUCCGCAGCUGUUGAUGUUGUCUGGAAUUGGUCCUAGAAAACAUUUGAUGGAUUUGGGUAUUCGAGUCAUUGAAGACUUACCAGUUGGUGAAAAUCUACAAGAUCAUAUUUUUUCAGUAAGUUCUGUAAUCACUCUAAACUAUUCUAAACCCGAGCCAUCAGAAGGUUCCAUGUUCGAUUUUCUAUUAGGUCAUCCUAGCGUUUAUUCUUCAGUGGGAAUUCAACAUUUUGGCUGUUACCUCAACACUCUGAAUGUCGCAAGUAAUGUCCCGGAUCUAGAGUUUAAUUUCAUCGAUUUCAAUAAAAAUAGCUUUGAUGGAUUAACUACACUAUUUGAUAAUUUCAAUUUCAGGAAGGAAACAUCUGAACCGUAUUUGGAAAUAAAUUCAAGAGCUUUUACGUUACUUGUCCGUAGCAACCUGUUAUACCCAUAUAGUCGAGGGAAGGUAUUGCUUAGAAACGGAAAUCCCAAAGAAUAUCCUAGAUUAAUUGCUGGGUAUUUCUCAGAUGAGAGAGAUAUUGACACACUGCUACGAGCCUACGACUAUAUUAUAGCAUUUAUGAAUACCAAGCCCCUUAGAAGUGUGGGUGCAACUCUUCAUGAGAUCAAAAUUCCAGGAUGCAGAAUGUUCCCGUUUGCUUCAAGAAGGUACAGAGAAUGUGCUGUGAGGCAUGUAUCGAGCACGGUGAACCACAUGAGUGGCACUUGCAGGAUGGGUCCUUCACAUUCCCCGAUGUCUGUGGUGGACCCUCGCCUGCGAGUCAAGGGUAUUAAACGUCUCAGAGUCAUUGAUGCAUCAAUAAUGCCGACAAUCCCCCGCGGGAACAUAAACGGCCCUGUCAGUAUGAUAGGCGAGAAAGGAGCAGAUCUUGUUAAAGAAACUUGGCUUCUCGGAAAUCAGAGCUGAUCCAAACUAAAGGCACAACAUUCAAAUUAGUUCAUAUGAAAUUAUAAUUAUCCUCCAAAGUUUCAAAAAUCCUCUUCUUUUUACACAGCAGCCAGCAUAAAAAUGUAUACUUAAAGAAUUGAUUAUUAAAUUUAAGAAAUAUUGUUGAUUGCUUUGGUAGGGGAUCUUCUGAUAGGUUCAGAACUUCUGAUAGAUUGUAGAUCUUUUGAUAGUUCUGGUGGAAACAGUCUCGUCAAUUCUUUAAUGGUUUUGAGAAGUCACUGUGAAAGUUUGCUACAGUUUUAUAAUAGCGAAUACCCGUGGCUUCACCUGCAGUUUCUACGCUAAAUUCCGUAUAUUUGUUUGAAUAGCUCCCACGAUUUCAGUAAUACUAUAUAACUUUUUAACUAUUUUAUGAGAUCAAUGUAGAGGAACUCCCAAGUCGAAGUUUUUAGUUUUCUAAGUGAAAGCGCUUGUGAUGUAAUAUGAUAGGGUCCUAUUAUAUUUUUAAAGUGGAAUUAGUCAUAUAUCAUUCAUCAGGUACCCAUUUUAUAGUAUUAAUGAUUAAACAGAAGCUAAGCAAAAGUGUGAGUGAGUAGUUCUUAUUUUUGGUUUUGAAUUUCUGGCUAAAAUUAAUUAUAUUUCAAACGCAAUGUUAGAGUUUACUAUUUUGCCUCAAGAAACAAUAACAAUAGACAAUUGUGUAAUGAGGCUGGAUUCAAAGUAAUUUAGUUUUUUAACAUUGUAUGGAUAUAUGUUUUAUAUUGUUAUUGAAAACAGAAAAAAACCCAAAUCAAUAAUACUAACACAUUGCAAUACUUACAUUGUGGCAGUUGCCAUCCAUAAGUAAAAUCAUAAAGUUCUUGUGUUCUAAUCCAUGUUAGCUAUAUCAUACUAAUUCCUUAGUCCAGUCUAGUAAUUACAUCAGUAUUUAUAUACCUAAUCAGUAUCGUAUACCUCGUCAGUGACAAAUGGAUGCGAUGUCACCUCGACGAUUGUCUGUCAUAAAAAUUGCAUUUAGUGACUCGUGUAUUACUUUAUGACCCAGAGCAAAUACAUUGGUUUUGCCAUGUUGCAACGAUGUUGAAAUAAGAAAUGUUGUUACUUUUUUAUGCUUUCACUCUGUAAAUGUAAACAAUAGGAAAAUAUUGGUUAAAAUAAUUAAACAAAUAGUCGUGCUGUCAUAAUACAACGUUUAAACAUAACAGUUGAAUACAUGUAACUGAGCCUUUUAACUUCCAUUACACAACUUUAGAGACCAAAAUGGGAUGUUUUCAGACCAGUGGAGCAGCCCAGAAGAAUGUACGAGAUAAGUAAAAUAACCUUCAAACAAAGAAGUAUAGGCCUAUGUUCAUUCUAGGGAUCCUACCUAUGUCCGUGUAAACUUUCAGUACAAGUGGUUAAAUAGUUUAUGCGUGGAUUCAAAACAAAUAAACAAAGGCACUUUCGCAUUUACACUAUUAUAGGAUUACGCACUAAACUCAUCUUCAUAUAUUCAUGCAAAUAAAACGCGAACAUUGAUAGUGAAGAUCAAAAGAAAUCCAAUCAGUGUUAGACAAAAAUACUUUUGAAUCAAUAAUGUAAUUUAAAUAUUAAGGUAUACUUAGCCUAACUGAAUUAGGAUUAUCUAUUCAUCCAUUAUGUCCAGCAUAUUGGAAACAAUAUUUUAGUAUUAAAUAAGUAGCUUGUAAAAGUUAAUUAGAUAGCAAGAGCUUAUUAUAUUUUUACAUUUAUUUUACAUUUGUUUCCUACCUUAAUUUAUCAAAGUAAAUUUUCAUAAAUAAAGUAAAGCUAUACUAUACGAUGUAAUUCUUUGUAAAACAAACUAUAAACAAAAUUUUAGAUUUUAAUGUUGUAACCCUAUCACAAAUAUACAUAUCUCGCAUUUUUUAAAUAAAAUUAGAACAUUUGUACUCGUACAGUGACCUGCUGUUAUAAAAUUUCCUUCGUUAAUAUCGACUCAGAUAUAAUUAUUAUUAUAUCCAGAAUUUUUAUUAAACUUCAAACGACAAUACCUAUUUAUAUAAGUGAACUAGUAAUAUAGUUACAUAUAGUGCUAGAACUUAAGUGUAAUUAAAUAUCGAUAUGAACAGAAAAAUAUAUUACAUUAUUGAUUAUAGAUUAAUAAUUAAUUUAAUUUAAUUUAAUUUAAGUUUAAUUUAAUUUAAUAAUGUAAUUAAUACUGUACUUGUUUAAUCCUUGAGAAUCCUUAAUAUUCCAUUUUAUACUCAUGUCAACUAUUUACUAAUAAUUACACUAAGGUUUUAUUACAUAUUUUUUAUGCAAUUCACAUAUUUUUCUUAACAUUAAUGCCAUUCGAUGUUUUAUUAUGUUUUAUCACUUACAUAUUGGUUAUGAAAAAAACCAGUGCUUACAUAUAGUAAAACGCAGUGUUUUAGAAACGUCUGUAGCCUUUGCGACUAAGCUAAAAAUGUUUUUAUUUUAUAUUUAUAAUUGGAAGAAUAUAUAGUCAUUAGGACAUUUUUAAGUUGCCCGCUAAGUUCAGAUAUUCUCUGAAACGCAAAACACUCGCUUUGUAGUCAGCAAUUACAGUGAGGAAUUUGAGAGAUAAGUGUGUUAAUAGUUUAUUAUAAUUUAUAACUUACAUUUUGCAUCAAAGAAACUCCAAUGUGUGAGAAAUUAAAAACUUGGAACUGCAUUUGGAUGAAAAUAAAUUUUUUAUCAAAGUAAUAAAAAUGA